UUUCCUCACGAUUUCUUCUCUUCUUUCGCCCUCGCAGAAGUCGAGCUCUUCCACCCUCACUAACGAAAAGAUCACCCGUCUGUAUGAGCUCGGCCCGGAGCCGGAGAGGAAGAUGUGGGUCGAUCGAUUUCUGGCUUUCGCGGAGGAAAAGGCGAUGGGAAUGAACAACCUUCCUGCUGUGGGACGCAAACCUCUGGACCUCUUCAGACUCUACGUGUCCGUCAAAGAGAUCGGAGGCCUCACACAGGUGAACAAGAACAAGAAGUGGAGAGAGCUGUCUACCAACCUGAACGUGGGAACAUCGAGCAGCGCUGCCAGCUCGCUAAAGAAACAGUACAUCCAGUGUUUAUACGCCUUCGAGUGCAAGAUCGAGCGCGGCGAAGACCCGCCAGCGGACUUUUUCAACACCGACUCCAAAAAGAACCCGCCCAAGGCCCAGCCCCCCAGCCCAGGUGAGAAUUCCCCAAAUUCAGAAGCACUAGCAAGUGUUUAGUUUAUUUGUUUAUAGUGUCACGGAGAGUCCCUAUUGAUCAACGGUCACAAAAAACAGUAAACGGGGCAUUAGCUUUAGCCAACAUCGCUAAUUUCCAGCUGUUGUCCUCGGCCAGAUGGUAAUGGA